AUGAACUCUGCUUCUUCUGCUCAAAGCCCUGUCCGAACUGCUCCUCAGAGCUUCGACAGUCUGGCAAACGCGCCACUUCGAAUCGAGAUCCGCCGCCCACUGGGUUAGUUUAUUUUUCACUUUGAUUUUCAUACUCAAUAUUCAUUUUCGAUUCAUUUCUAAAAAUGCUGUAUUUGCAGACAUCACCACCAGAACCCGCAGAAGUCUCGACUUCAACGCUCUGAGUCCUGUUCGACCUGCCCCAGCUUCUCAAGAGUUUGACAGUCUGGCAAACGCACCAUUUAGAGAGAAUAUCCGUCGUUCUUUGGGUUAGUUUUUGUACUUCUGGCAGUUUCUCAAUUAUUCAUCUUGCAGACACCACAACCAGAACUCGCAGAAGCCUCGACUUUUCGCUCGACCUCGCUCGACCGAAUCCUGUCGAGCCUGUUCCGGAAGUCCCAGCUGGGAUCCUGAAGACUCCGACUCGCAGCAAGAUCUCUCCGAAAGCCUCGAAACGUGUGACUUGGGCUCCGAUCCGCAAAACUCGCCAAAAUGGAAAGAUCCGUCAUUCUUCAGGUAAUUUUUCAACUUCAUCUGACUUCCACUGAUGGGAUAAUCUUUUCAGUCUCUGCCCAGCCUUCUGCUCUUUCUCUCGCAAACUGGAACCCGAACUCCAUGAAGUCGCUGGUCGUGACGCUCCUCGAGAUGCCUUCCCGUCCAAUUCCCCGAAACUGAUCGUCUCCAAUCCGCAAUUUCCGUUUUUUUUUUCACGUUCCGAUUUCUUCAACUGAUCUCUUUCUUGCCUUUUUAGUCGCUGAUGGCUUUCUAACUUUGUUUUCAAACUUUGUUUCCAUUUUUCUUUCAUUUCACUAAAUUCCCACUUUAUAACGUUUCUGGUAUUUUCAAGUCACUGAUAUAGUCUUUUAACUCUCUUCGGUACCCCUUCAGUAACAAUUUUGUCUUAAGUGCCCCCUCCAGUGAUUAUUUUCUUUUUCUGAAGAUCUUUUUGCAUUCGGUGUUAUUAUUGUUCUUAUUAUUCUAUCCUUCUCUGAAAUUAUCGUCCUUAAUUGUUAUGUUUUUGGUUUAAAGUCAAUAAAACAAAAAAAAAAAUUAAAUCUUUGUUCUUACUUGAAAAAGGAAACGAAAGAAUUCAAAGAGGAGCUCAAUAAUUCGAAAAGCUCGAUCAACUUUCUUCACUCACUUCUGCUUGAAAUUGUUAUUUUUUUAUAACACGAUAGUUUGAAAAAAAUCUAACUCAUGAAACGUCAAAACUUGAAUAAUCUGAGAAUAGAUUGAGCCGAAGAGGAGAAGUUAGGAAGCUGACCAAAUUUAGCCUUCAGUCUGUCGUUUAAGAUCUUUUUUUCCUGCAGUUUUCAAAAAAAUUUCAUGAAAUUUUUUUAAAAACUCAGCCAUAACCUCUGAGUAGAGACCGCAGAGCCACGCCCCUUUUUGCGAUGGUGAAAUGCACUGGUUUUUUAGAUUUCGUGUUUGAUGUUUACGUAAAAGCGCAAUACUGAAUCAAACACAGAGAAAUUUGGUGGAAACAUAGAGAAAACCUUCCUCUUUAAUCUCAUAUACUUUUCAGCCGAUUUUCGAAGCGUUUUAGCGGAGUGUCGUACAAAAAACCAAAACUACUUUUUCUUCGGGUUUUUCAACCUAGUUCCAUGUCGUUGGCGAAUUUUUUUAUUUUUCGAAUUCGAUUCUUAAGUGAAAAAAACAAAUCUUUUUAGGACAAAAAAAUUAAAAUUUUUUUACGGUGCCUAAUCUUCAUGAGGCUGCGCAAAGUUGAAAAUUUCGUAGUCGGUUUUCGAGAGCGUGUAAGUAAAAAAAUUUUUUUAUUUUUAACUUGUGGAUUAAAUUGUAACUAAAAUUUUUAUUAAUAUAAAACUGAAUCCGAAAACUUUGUUUUUCUGAGAAAAAAAUAAACAGUGAAAAUUUCGAAAUUUAUUUUUAACAUGGUUAGAUGUCGUUGGCGCCUUUUUUUAUUUCUUAAAUAUUAGCGUAUCUCAAUUUUUCAAUCAAUUAAAAAAAUAAAAUAAAAAAAUUUUUCACGGUGCCUAAAAAGUUUAAUUAUUGUUAAUUUGAAGCCAACGUUUAAAAUAACAAAAAACACCGAAAACGGAAACAUUUUGAACUGAAUCUCUAUGAAUAAAUUAUUUUCAGGUGGUCCGAACACAUGUGACUAAUAAUUGUUCAACUAUCAUAACUUUUUUUAAACAAGAUAGUCGGUAAAUGCUGUACUUUGAUGUGAAGUGCUGUAUAGCGCGAACGCCUCUUAUCUCCGAGAGAUGUGUGUGGAGCAGCGCAAGUGCGCUUGCAUACAGUUGUGAUAUCGCGAGUUCAAUCCUCGCAGCGGCCAUUUUUUUUUAUUUUUCAAGAAAAAAUAUCUUUUCUUUUCAAACUUGCGGUUUUAUACUGUUUUAAUGACUUAUUACGACUUUGAAAACCAAACUAAACUACUAAAAAAUUUAAAUCCGAUAUGAAAACAAAAUGAACGACCAAAAGUGUAAAAUCUAAACUUUCAGUACUAAAUUUCGCGACUUUUUUCACUACUGUUUUGACCACAGCUUUUUUUUUCUCAACCUUUUUCGAAAAACUAAACUGUUUUGGAUAGUAAAUUAGAGCAGCUAUCCAACCAUAGUAAUAUUGAAGUUCGAAAAUUUUUUUUAAAAUUCGUCUACGGUCCCUACCUUUGAGAAUUGUAAGAAAUGUUCUGAAAUCUCUGAUUUCCCUUCGUGAUCGUAUUUAACUGAAAUAGUCAGCCUUCAUGUUGGGAAUGAACAAACUUGAAGUUAUUGUACCAAGAAAUUUCAGAAAUCUCGGAGAACGUGUGCUAAAGAAGUAAGAUUUAAAGAUCUAAAAUAUCCUCUUUUGAGGAGAAAAAGAGUAUCUUUCCACCGUUUGUUUAAUUUCGACACCUGUUAUCUCUUUCUCAACUAACUUCUCAUGGUCAACCUUCAGGCUGGGAAGAUGACAAAGCUGUCGAUCAAGUAAUUCACACCAAAGUAUUGGUUACAAACGGGCAACUGACACCUUCUUCUGUCGGGUCACGGACGAGUGACACUAUUUAGGAGCUCAUUUCCGAUUUAGGAAGUAUCCAACCAAGCGAUUGACACAUUUAGACCCCGGACAACGCCAGUUCCGACUGAUCAGUGACAAGGUGUGAGACGCGGCCCAAGCUCCCAAGUUGACACUUGGGACGCCUGAGGCUUGUGGACCGACUAACUCCGCCUCUUUUGGGUUUAAAUAGCCGCCGUCGAGGAGCUCGAGCCAACUUUUGUCGCUGAAACUCUGUUCCUCACGAUGAACUCUGCUUCUUCUGCUCAAAGCCCUGUCCGAACUGCUCCUCAGAGCUUCGACAGCCUGGCAAAUGCGCCCCUUCGAAAGAGUUUUCGCCGUUCUUUGGGUUGGUUUUUUUUAAAUCAUCAACGUUUAACGAUCCUUCGAAUUUGUUGUUUUUUUCCUCUUCUAUACUCUUGCUAGCAUCAUUCAUUUUUUUUUUUAGAAAAAGAAGCUUUCAUUUUAAAUUGAUCAAAGUUUGAACAUUUUUUUUCAUUCUGAAGGUACUAUAGAAAAUUUGAACAUUCAUUUCCUUCUAAUGUCUUCCACUCAAAACCUGUCCAUUUUGCAGACACUACUACCAAGACUGCCAAUCGCAGGAACCUCGACUUUUUCGCUCUGAGUCCUGUCCGACCUGCUUCAUCUUCUCAGGAGAUCGACAACAUGGCAAAUGCGCCACUACGCGAAAAUAUCCGCCGUCCUUUGGGUUAGUUCAUUCACCUCUCACAGCCCUGUAUAACUUUUUUUAACUUCGAUUUCUUCAAAAAAGUCCUGAAAUUGCAGACAUUACUACGAGAACUCGAAGAAGUCUCGACUUCAACGCUCUGAGUCCAGUUCGACAUGCUCCAGCUCUUGAGGACUUCAACAACUUGGCCAAUGCGCCCCUUCGGAAGACGAUCCGCCGUUCUUUGGGUUAGUAUCAUAAUUCUUAAGCUUAUUAAGAAAUCUUUUCUUCUCUUUAAACUUUAUAAACUUCUAGAUACUACCACCAAAGUCGCCACUCGCAGAAGUCUCAACUUUAACGUUCUGAGCCCAGUUCGAGCUUCUCCAGCUUCUCAAGAGAUCGACAGUUUGGCAAAUGCGCCGCUUCGGAAGAAUAUUCGCCGUUCUUUGGGUUCGUUUUUUCAUUCUGAAGCAUUUUCAAACUUCCUUUCCUUUGCAGACACCACCACUAGAACUCGCAGAAGUCUCAACUUUUUCGCUCUAAGUCCUGUCCGAGCCGCUCCAGUUCCCCAGAACUUCGAUAGUCUUGAAAAUGCGCCCCUUCGCAGAAACAUGCGUCGUUCUUUGGGUUAGUUUCUUGUCUAUUCUGGAGCGUUUUCCGUUUGUUUUCAAUUUUGACGUCUACAGUAUCAUCCUGAUUUGCAGACACCACCACCAAAACUCGCAGAAGUCUCAACUUUUUGAUGGACCUUGCUCCUGCUCAGAGAAUGUCUGAAACUCUAGCUGAGGUCUCGAAGACUCCAACUCGCAGCGAAAUGGCUCCAGAAGUCGUUCAACGUCUUUCUUGGGCUCCGAAUCGUCAGACUCGUCGUUCUUUAGGUUAGUUUCCAACUUCUGUUGACUCAAACUGAUGGGAACCAUUUUCAGACUCUGCCCAGCCUCCAGUUCUCGUUUUUGCUCUGGAAAAUUCUUCUCGAAAUGCUUGA